CGCGAGACUGUGCCGCUCAAGCUGCGCGCACCAAGAAAAAAAAAAACAAAAAAAAAAACUGCUCGAGGCUGAAACGUCAGUCAUUUUCAUGUGCCAAGAGGUGACGACUGUGUGGACAGCUUUUAGUUCAUACUCCUGUAAGAGACAGAUCCUCUUAACUUUAGUCAUAGUUUUUUGUUUUUCUUCGGUGUUGUCUGAGUUACAUGGAGGCGCAUUGAAGCAGCGACGACAUCCUUACUCCAAACAAGUUUAGGAGCAGCUUGAACACAACACACAUGGACAUCAGGAGGAAAAGGCCCAAUGAUGCUGCCUACUUCAGCGUACUCGGCUUCAGCUCCAAAUAGUUGCAUCAGCCAGCCGAACACCCACCUUAAUACACCUGAAGAGGACGAUGAGACUAUGAACACAGAGGAGCAAGAAACCAGCGCUGUUCAUAAACUGGACUCCACCUCCAACAAUGAUGGCAGACCCCCCUCCUUGGACCGUGCCGCAAUUUCCGAUGACUCCAUGUUCAGCAGACAGAGGUGGGACAGAGAGCAGGAGCUCUCGCUCCCCCUGACCAGCUCCAGCUUCUGCUCACCCCAACCCCCUCACAGCUUGCCAGCCGGAUACAGCCAGCCAACCCCAUUCCCAAGCCAAGCCGGCUGGCUCCACCCGAGCUUCGCCAGCAGCUGGUCGGAGUAUCCCAACAGUCUGCCGUCCUGUCUGAGCCAGAAAGAUUACUCCAGCUGUUCUGAAGAGAGCUGCCUCUCCAGAUACAAGUCAGUUUCCCUUCCUGGCCAGCACAGCAACAACAUGAUUAGCUUGGAGCAGCCGCUCUCUCUGCGCUCCAACCCACCUUCGGCUGAGCUGUAUCACCACACCUUGUCUCCAUACUCAUGCCCACCGCAGGGACCAGCCUGUUGUGCUCAGUGUCCUGUAGAUGUCUUUAGUAGGAGGCAUGUGGCCAACAAACACCCCUGGCCUCAGUACCAUCCAGCCUAUGGCCCGUACUAUGCAGCAGACUGCAGAUUCCCUGGAGCUCAAUUCACACAGAUUGACCCCAGUGCUCCAGCCAAAGAGAGAGAACCAAAUUACAGCACACCGUUGUCUCUGGAGCAGAGGAAGGUCUUCGUCACUUACGAAGCAGACAAUGACAAACACGUCAAUGAGAUCAUAAACUUUGUCGCACUGCUGAGACACAAUGGUUUCGAUACUCACAUUGAUAUUUUUGAGCAGCAGUUCAGAAGCAUAAGCAAGAUUGACUUCAUGGAACGAUACCUGAGCGAGAAAGAGUACCUGAUCAUCAUCAUCAUCAGUCCGAAGUACUACAAGACAGUGACGGCUUCCCCUUUCGAGCUGGAGAACGAUGAGAGGACCUUCAGCACAGUCUACAUACACAAGCAGCUCCAGAAUGAAUUCAUCCAGAAUGGAAGCAAGAAUUUCAGGUUCAUUCCCAUUUUGUUUCCUGGUGCUAAAAAGUGUCACGUUCCCAACUGGCUUCAAAACACGCAUGUUUACGGCUGGCCACGUGAUCGCGACGACAUUCUGCGGCGGCUGAUGAGGGUGGAGAAGUAUAACCCGCCUCCUAUUGGGGAACUUCCAACCAUUGUUUCCAUCCCCAUAUAGGAGAAAGAAAGCUGAUCUGAGGUCAGACAGGACUGUAAAUCCAGAGCUUGCUUCUUGGAAAGCCGUCACUCAUUUUUAUGAGGUGAUGAGGGAUGCAUGUGUGUGUUAUUUUACUGUAGGGUGCUUUGUCAACAGUUUCCACUUUUGAACUGAACGUACAGAAAUCUGAAAUGGAGUUUGUAAAAGUGCUUGCAGCCCGUCACUGCUACAUGUUUACUGGUGUCGUUUACAUCCUGAAGCUGUUCGGAAACUUAAAAAAUCCAUCUGAUUUAUAAUCAGACACAUUUUCAUAACAUGUUCAGUGUUUUUACCAUUGUGCACAUUAUACAAUCAGAGCAGAUGCGAUGAUAACCUGAGUGAGGACGGUGUGUUGAACCAACUUCCAUUUAUGAUCUGUAAACACUGACAGCUGGUAAACGUCUGAGCCAUAUUGUGUAUUAUUCCACGUGCCUAUUUAAUUCAAACAGAGCCCAAACUGCUGUUACUGUUAUGUGGCAAAAACAGGAAUAUACUGAUUUAAAAUGCUGUUUUUAUUUGUGCAUUAGUGGCUGAUGCAUGUUGUUUAAAGGGGUAUCCAGGGUUGAUAUUUACUCAGUGAAGAUUCAUAUACAGCUGUGUAUAAACAGCACUGGAGGCAUUGCUUUUCUAACUUCCGAUAUUAAAUUAUGUCAAGUUUCA